GCCAGCUCAGUCGAGUCGCGUCGAUCGUACGGCGCGGACUGAUCGCCAUUUUCACGGUUUCCCGCUCACGUCGCGAGUGUUCGAAUUUCAAAUUCGUGUGUUUCUUUUUCUGAUUUUUGCUUUUUAUCUUUGUUUUGUGCCAGGAUUUUUUCAAGGAGAUCAAUAAGGUUCUAGUUUGGGAUUGAACUGAUUGGAAUUAUUUUCUCGCAUGCAACCUGGAAGAUAGUCUCUACAAAAAGUAGGGUUCGUCCCGAACAUUAAAGAUGAGAGGAGUGUCGUGGUGCAUAGCGCUUCUAGCGCUCCUAGCCACAGUGACAACCGACACUAUAGAAGAAUUGAAAAACGAAUCGGUGGAAAGCGCAAGCACGUCCACAGGCAGUUCUCAAGAAGAUGAGGAGCCUAAAGAGGCGUGGAUGCGAGCCCCAGCUGGUGGGGUAUCGGUUAGGAGUGGGGAGGACGCGCUGCUGACGUGUGUGGUACUGGGGGCCAGGGGCCGGCCCGUGCUGUGGCGGAGGUCCAGGGACCUGCAGCUGCUGACUGCGGGCGGCGUCAGGGUCACGAGAGACGACCGCAUACACGUCCUUCAUGAUGACUGUAAGAGUAGGAAGGACGCGCUGCUGACGUGUGUGGUGCUGGGGGCCAGGGGCCGGCCCGUGCUGUGGAGGAGGUCCAGGGACCUGCAGCUGCUGACUGCGGGCGGUGUCAGAGUCACGAGAGAUGACCGCAUACACGUCCUUCAUGAUGACUCUGAGGAGCCCUUCCAAGGCCCGGGCAUAGCCAAGGGCGGGGACGUGUGGGCUCUGGUCAUCAAGUCCGUGAAGGCCUCCGACGCUGGCCUGUACAUGUGUGAGCUGAACACCGAACCACCUGUCAGGAGUUUCCACAAGCUUACAGUUAUCUCUCGAGGGCUAACCCCUCCCGAGAACCAGAACACAACUGACAGCUACUCCGCCAACGCGGCCACGCCGUCGUCAAUCGCGUUGGCACACAACUACACCGACUGCUGUCUCGCGUCCAACGUUAGCAAGGCCUGCCUCGGCUUCUGCAGCAUACAGACCAUCCUGGAGGGCACUGGGCAAGACCCGGAGACGUGCCAGCCUGACUUCCCUGCUAUUGUCAAAUGCAUGGCCGACGGUCGCAACCACGUGCCGUGCUGCGUGCAAGAGCGCGUGCCCGACAUCUGCCAGGACGUGUGCCGCGGCGAGUUCACGCCCGUCACCGACAACAUCAAGACGCACUACUCGUGCGCGUCUUACAUGGAGAAGACGCUCGCUUGCAUAGUUGAGGGCAUUGAAUUACUUCCAAGCCCGCCAGAGGAGGUGGAAAUCGAGCCACUCAACGAAAAACAAUUGAACGUUACGUGGAACCCUCCAAUCGAGAACACUGACACGGUCACAGAGUACAUAGUCAACGUGACCACACUCAGGUCCUUCGACGCCCAUCUCAUAGACCCAUCCGAAAGUUCCAUGAAGAACACUACGAACAUGAAAAUGAGUCAGCCCAUGACUUUCAAAGUGCCAGCAAACAAAACCUUCCUGGUGCUAAACGAUCUUCUCCCGUUCACAAUGUACGAGGUUACGGUGACCUCGUAUAAUAUUCACGGCUCCAGCCUGCCAAGCUACGCGAUCAGAUCCCUCACAUUGACCCCUGGGAAGAUGAAGACCACAGAAGUGGCAGCGGCGCCAGAACUACCAGAUGUCCGCCAAUGCUGCGUCUCAGCUGGAGUCAACUACUUCGGUUGUGUGGACAAGCUCUGUGACCCCACCAAAACCUUUGAGAUUGGCGUCACAGAUCUGAUGAUAUGCGCUCCAUGGGCCGGCGUCACCUUCGGGUGCCUCGCCAAUGGAAUGGACCACACUCCUUGCUGUAGGGCAAGAGGAUUGCCAGAGAACUGCCUACCUCUGUGCAGUGGAAACAUUACGACGUUGGAUUUCAAUCAUUUCAAGUGUCUUCGCCACAUGAGUUCCUACACUAACUGCCUUCUACAAGGCUAUGGAGUCCUCCCAGGGCCUCCCUCCAAGCUUCAUUUGACCAAUAUUGAUACCGACUACGCAGUUGUGCAUUGGUCGCCACCUGCAGCUUUGGCUGACACUGUCCAGUUCUACAACUUGCAUUACAAGUCAUUGUCAACUGAUGAUGAUUACAGAGCUUUGGAGAGGGUACAUUCGCCAUACAUUCUAGAAGAUUUGGAAUCAAACACGGAUUACGAGAUUUACGUUGAAGCUGUAAAUGAGCAUGGAGUUGGAGCAUCAUCACCAAGGCUUAUAUUCAGAACUCAGAGUCAGUUGAUCGAAGAAGAAGAAGAAGCAGCCAACUCUUACAACGUCACGGAGUGCUGUGAGAGGGUCCAAUUAGCCGGUGUAUGUAUGCCACUUUGCACGUACGAUGCCAAGAUGUCGGAUUUGAGGACGCUGGCUCCUCUCUGUGCUCAGGACUUCCACAAACUGCUGCGGUGUGGUGCUGGAGGUCGUAACCACGCCGCGUGCUGUGCGCGUCGCGGCGUGCCUGAGAAUUGUCGCGGAGUGUGCGCGGGCGCAUACUCUGGUGGAGUCAAUACAUGUGUGCCAUACAUCGGCAAUAUCGUGCAAUGCUUUGAAGAGGGUACUGGCCUCUUACCUGGACCACCAAGACAACUGCACGCCCACAUCGACUCCAACGGAUCUCUCGCCCUGGACUGGGUAGCACCUGACGAUGCUGACAACGGCACUGUCUAUGUAGUGUUCUGGCAGCAACUCAGCAACGGAACACAACCGUAUAACGCCAAUACACUACCAUCGCUGACACAGGGAAUGCAAAUGAACACCACUGAGAAGUCGAUCGAGCUGCGAGGCCUGAUUCCCAACAGCACCUACCGCAUGUUCGUGGUGGCGUCCAACCAGCACGGCUCCUCCAUACCUUCCAGCAUGAUCAUCUUCAACUUCACGCAGGGCGAAGAGAAAGAAGUGAACGGCAUCCCGUCCCCGCCGCACUCGCUGGCGGUGUCCUCGCACUCCGCCACCUGGCUGACGCUGAGCUGGCAGCCGCCGCAGUUCUCGCUGCCCGACGAGAAGAUAUCCUACUCAUUGUACUUCAAAUCGCCCACGGUCCUGGCAGCGGCCAACGUGACACUCAUCAACGUGACGGUCCCAGGGUACACCCUUGAGAAGCUGGUGCCCAACUCGCAGUACAUAGUCUGGGUCAAGGCGCAUACCGACGCCGGGGAUUCCCUGCCCUCGGAGACUCUGCUGGCAUGGACCGAUCCUGCCUACCCGGCGUAUGUGGAGCCCCCCACCGUGAACCCCGUCAACCUGGUGGUGGAAGGAUCCAGCAUGACGAUCCUGUGCAUCGCCAUGGGAACACCCACGCCCACCAUCUCUCUCUACAUAAGUGGUCGCCUGGUCAGGCAGGAGGUGACGCGGCACAUGGUGACAGUGAUCCACAACGUGACGCGCGACAUGGACGAAAUCGCGUGCUAUGGUGACAACGGCUACGGGACCCCCAUGCAGGCUGCGAGAAAGAUCAACAUCUCGCAUGUGCCCACAAUCCAAGCGUCCGGCAUUACCAUGGCGGCGGCAGGAGACUCAGUCAUCCUGGAGUGCCGGGUCGAAGCGCUGCCCAAGCCCACCAUAGCUUUCUGGAGAGACCCCACCGGCCGGACACCAGUCAUCGAUGGACCCAACUACUCCAUACAGCUGGUGGCUGACCCUGAGGAACCAACAAAGUACACCAUGCGUCUCAUAAUCAAGAAGAUAUCGGAGCUAAGCGAAGGCGACUACUUCUGCCACGCGGAGAACGCGUUCGGGAAGACCCUCCGGCCGGUGUCUGUCAGACUGAGGCCCACCGCGCCGCACCACAACGUCACUGCUUGCUGUGUACAGAUGAACGUGUCGUCGGCGUGCAUAGACGCGUGCAAUUUCCGGCUGGACAUGGAGAACAUCAUGGACCGGCCCGAGUGCAUGAACGACUUCGACAAACUCAUGAAGUGCGCGGCUGACGGCUCAGAUCAUCGCGGCUGCUGCGCCUCCUGGGGCGUGCCACGCGCGUGCCUUGAACUAUGCCGCGGCGGCGGCGUGUCGCGCUCAUGCGCCAUGCAGCACGCACGCCGCGCGUUGGCGUGUUUCAGAGACGCCGGCGCCAAGCUACCUGGACCGCCCAGGAACUUGAGGGCCCACCAGGCACCCACGCCUAACGCAGUUCUACUUAGCUGGGAGCCGCCUCUCAAGAACCCUCAAACCGUCUACCUGUACCGCGUGUUCUGGCGCGCGUACGGCGACAAGGUUCCAGAGAAGCUGGACACCAGCGAGACCAGCGUAGUCCUCACGGGUCUGCAGGACGACAAGCGCUACGAGUGCGUUGUGAAGUCCGCCAACGAUAUUGGCACAUCAUCUCUCAGUGAAGCCAUAAUCUUCACCACCGCGGGGCAGGACAACGGCGCCGCCGCCGCGCCCGUGACCGGAGCCGGCACCGCCACGGCGGUCGGCUUAGCAGUCGCCUUCAUACUAGUGGCAGCCAUCUUGCUGGCAGCAGCCCUGUACUACAGGCAUAGAAAGAAUCUUAGGUUGAAGGCGCAAGGAGGUGUUGCGUUUGAAAACCCAAGCUAUCUCAGGGAACCAAAUCCAGACACCGUAGUCAAUGGAACACUUCCAAAUGGGAACGCGAAUGGAGGAAACGGUGUAGCGAAUGGCGUUUCGAAUAGCACAGCGUGGAGACAGGAGACCUUGCAGAAUCCAAGUACUGCCGUGCCUACGCAGCGAGAGGUUGACCCCACGCUAUAUGAGGAGCUCAAGCUUGGUCAAGAUGGCGCCGGCUUCAAGAGACUGAAGCCAUAGCCCGAGGUGGCGCGCCGCUCCCCGCUCCGCUCGCCGCGACUGUCGUCGCCGCGGGUGGCGCCGCGCUACUGAGCGGCCGCGGGCCCGCGCGCGCUUCACUCCCCCCUCCCCGGCGCGGCGUCUCUGUCGCACGCGCCCGGGAACGCAUCCUUCUCGCUCGCACACGGAAUAGUUACCCCGGCUGGGUGAUGUGAACUUCGCACUGUGUUAUAGAAAAAUAUUUUUCCUGAUUAAUCCUUCAAGGCCCGCGAAUCUAGACACAAUAGAUAAUCAAUUGUUAUGGCAUUAAUGUAUGCCGUCUGGGACUUUAAAGGUUAAUUCAAAAUAAGUUCAACUCAAAAUUUGAAUUUAAACGGUUUUGUAGUUCACGUGAUAUGUCACGUGGUUAUAUGAAGCGCCACCUAGUGCUAAGGAAAAUGAACUAAGUUGUAUUUUGACUUUUUUAUAUUACACAGUGCAUUUUUCACGAAACCCAGCCUCACAUUUAGAUUAUAUUUUAUCGUAAUAGAAACCAAAUAUUAAUGAUAACGGUUUUGCAUUUGGUCUGGCGAGCGAGACUAGUGAUGUACCUACUGUACAGUAGUGUUGUAACGACAACGCGGCCAUAGCGGAGUGUAGAUAAUAAGAAAGUAUAUUUUCAGUAUCAUACUAGAUGUGAUUUUAACCAAAAAAAGACCUCAAAUACUUGUCACUUCGUGUAAAUAUUUCCCGCAAUAGAGUAGAUGCAGUUUACACUAGAAGUAACUUCAACCAGAGUAAAUACAAAUGAGUAGGUCAUCUUCAUAGAAACCAGACUUCAUAGGUCAACUUCAUAGAAUAGCACCUCACCGCUAAUCCACGCUAAAUUUUGUCAGUGUGUGCGUAUUGGCGCGCUCACAUACAAACCGCGCUCGGGAGUUUCUAUGAAGAUGACCUACUCAUUUGUAUUUACUCUGCUUCAACCUAACGUUGAAUUAAAAAUUAGGAUGUUCUCUAAACAAAAAUGUGCCUUCGAACAAUUUAUGAAGUAGAUAGUGAUAUACAAUACGUAUAGUGAUAGUUAACUCUUGGCCUGUAAAGUUGUACCUACUGUAAAUAAUACUAUGACAUUCCAAGUUAGACAGUCUGAUAUUACUCAUAUCCUCAUUAGGCCUUCCAAACCCCAAAAUUUGUGGGUAUUUCUUAUUUUUGUAGUUCUAAAAUAUAGAAAAAUAAUCAGUAUUGAAAGAAUUUCUUUCUAAUUUUUAUGCUGACAGUGUCCCAAGAUUCCCCCCAAAUUUUUUAUAGAUCUGCGGGCCUAUUACUAAACGCCGUGUCCGUAUUUUCGGAUUUAACUGCUGCUGUUACUCAUGCCUCGCUUUGAGUGAGAGAGACAGACAGAUCUGAAAAUACGGACACUGUAAUUGGAGUAUCCCUUUCUCGUAUUAAUUUGGACAGGUUGUUAAUAUGCACAUCACUCAUGUUAAGACAUUUAUCGUUCUUAAAAAUGAUCUCAUUGAUUACAGAUUCAACAUAUUUUUUGUAUUUGUUAUACAUGAAACAAAUUUUGGUUAUAUUUUUUAAAUAUUGUAUAAUAUUUUGUCAGUUUUAGAUGUGCAUAAAUUACAAUAGUAUUAUAACUUGCUCAGAUAAUAAAGAUGUGUGAUGAAUAGUUUUAUUUAGAACUUCUUGUCCUAAACUAAUGAUUUUAUUUUAGAUAAAGACGGAUGUGAUUAGAUUUGUAAAUAAUAUUGAUAAAAAAUAAUAAAAAUACAAAUUUUA